AUGCGGGAUAGCUCUCUUAAGCGCUCCCUCGGGGUGGACCUCACCCGCUCUCUCAAAGAGUCACGCGUUCUUCUCGUCGGCGCAGGCGGCAUCGGCUGCGAGCUACUGAAAAACCUCGUCCUUACUGGGUUUGGCGAAAUCCACAUCAUCGACCUCGAUACAAUCGAUUUGAGCAACCUCAACCGUCAGUUUCUUUUCCGACAUGAGCAUAUCAAGAAAUCAAAGGCCUUGGUUGCCAAAGAGGUUGCGCAAAGCUUCCGGUCUGACGCGAAACUCGAAGCCUACCAUGCCAACAUAAUGGAUCCUCAGUUUAACAUCUCGUGGUUCGGGUCCUUCAAGGUCGUAUUCAAUGCGCUGGAUAAUAUCGCCGCAAGACGGCAUGUGAACAAGAUGUGCCUUGCAGCCAAUGUCCCCUUGAUUGAAAGCGGAACUACGGGGUUCAAUGGACAAGUUCAGGUGAUUCAAAAGUCUGAAACCGAGUGCUAUGAUUGUACCCCGAAAGAAAGUCCCAAGUCGUUCCCCGUGUGUACGAUCCGCAGUAGCCCCAGUCAGCUGAUUCAUUGCAUCGUUUGGGCCAAGAGCUUCCUCUUUCCGGAACUUUUUGGAGAUAGCGAAGACGAGGCAGCGGAAGUGGAUACAACGGUGGAUUCAGAAAACGCAAAGGAGGUUGAGGAAUUGCGCCGGGAAGCUCUGGAUUUCAAAGAGCUACGAGCAUUGAUUGGCACUGAGGAAGCGCACCUGAAGGUGUUCGAUAAAGUCUUUCGAAAGGACAUCGAACGAUUACAGGGCUUGAAGGAGAUGUGGAAGACACGAGCGCCACCAGAGCUUCUUGACUUUGCUCAAAUCCAAGAACAAUCUGCAUCGGUUCCCUCAACCAUCUGUAUGCAAGACCAGAAGGUGUGGACAUUGGCGGAGAACUUCAUGGUCUUUAAGGAUAGUCUGAACCGCCUGGGUCAUCGCCUGAAGGAGCUUCAAGCGAAAAACCCCCCAAAUCAAGACGCCCCUAUCCUGACAUUCGAUAAGGAUGAUGUAGACACUUUGGACUUUGUUACCGCAACAUCUAACCUCAGGGCUGCGAUCUUCCACCUCGAACAAAAAUCUAAAUUUGAUAUCAAGCAGAUGGCGGGCAAUAUCAUUCCUGCCAUUGCAACCACAAAUGCUAUGACAGCUGCACUAUCCGUUCUGCAGUCGUUCAAGGUCUUCCAAAACGACUUGUCGCACGCCAAAAUGGUUUUCCUAGAGAGAUCCGGUGCUCGUGCGAUCAAUUCAGACUCAUUAAAUCCCCCAAAUCCUGAUUGUCCUGCCUGUUCCCCUGUGUUGGCUCGGGUGGAGGUUGACUUUGAGCUAGCAACGUUUGAACACCUCGUCCAGGAUGUUCUUCAGGGCCAACUGGGAUAUGGUGAAGAGAUAUCUCUCAUAGUAGACAGCAAAUUGAUUUACGACUUGGAUUUCACUGAUAAUCUGACGAGGAAGUUGUCUGAUUAUGGCAUAAACAGCAAUGGCUUCAUCACCGUCAAUGAUGAGAACGAUACAGAUACCCGAGUCAACCUUGACUUGCUGAUCACUGAAAGAAGUGGACCAUCUUCCCCGGACUCUAAGCCUGCGAAACUAUGCGAUAUGAUUGAAAUUCCCCUGAAGCCCAAACAGCCUACCAAGCCAUCUCCCGAACCUACACCAGUUACCAAUAUCGCAACCGCAGAACUGGGUACCAAUGAUGCGACUGAGACAGGAAAGCGCAAGCGUGCAGACUCAACUGAUGAACUGGAGAAAACCAGCCACAAUGCCAAACGGCUCGCUAGCGCACCUAUCCCAGACUCAAAUGUCGUUGAAGCUAUCGUUCUUGACGAUGACGAGGAAGGUGCAAUUCUGAUUGAUGAUUGA